GACUGUCUCUCUCUCUCUCUCUCUCUCUCUCUCUCUCUCUCUCUCUCUCUCACACACACACACACACACACACACACACACUUCUCGCAGCUGGACGGCUGUCAGCGCACAGAAGAUGGUGGCAGCUGCGGCCGCUGCGUUGCCCACCGCGCCUGGAUAGGGCAGACCGCAUCUCACGCAGGUGUCGACGCCGCCGAGGCGCAAAGAUCGACUGUCAGAUAGCAGAGAUAAGACAGUCUCACCAUCACCAUCACUAUCACUCUGUGUGGACGAUGCAGGGGACGAGAAAGACUGGACGAUGCAGCAGCAGCAGCAGCAGCCUUAAUCCAUCAUAUUUGUCUUGGAUUAAAAGAUAAUUAUUCGGCGGUGAGAGGAUCCAGUCUCCCGUGUGUCCCGUGCAAUUCACAUCAAGUGGCUGGAUCAAGGCAGCACUCCGCUCUGACCUGUGGGACUGUCGGUGUGGGGGGCGUGGAGGGGAGGUGGAGACCUUUUAAUUAAUUAACUCUCUCCGGGCUCCAGUCGUCUCCUGUUUAGGAAGAGGACCGAGCCGCUGUGGGCAAAGUUUACUUCUGGGAGAGGACAGGACUGGACGACACUCAGCUCAAGCUGUUUUUUUUUUUCUCCUCUGGAUGGAUUUUGCGCCACGAUGAACUGGUGUGACUGUGGGUACCAAAGCAACGCCGAUCAACUCUGAACCAGGACCGGUUGGUCGCUGCGUCGCCCUCCGAGGAGUUUCGGGCAUUUUCCUGCGCACACGCGUCUCACGCGUUUGUAUCUCGCAGACCUGCGUGCGCAAGAUCCCCCUCUGGGUUCUGGAGACGAAGCGGUGGUGGGGAAAGUCAGGAAAGGACGGGGCUCUGUCCACGGAAAUAUUCCCCAUUAGGCCCUGCAGGAAGGGGCAUGUGGGUGUAAACAAGAGCUCUAAUGGCAAUUCUUGCGCUCGUGUUGUCCGGAGUUGACCCGCGCCUUGGUACUGAAGGCUGGCCUCCUCGAUCAAGACGGCAAACACCAGAUCUGGAGUCGAAGCACACACUGCGGAGGAUGUGCUUUGGGUGAAGUUUUUUUUUCUUCUUUUGCUCAGAACCUUUCAACAAAAUGUUGUGAAAUUCAGGAGCCCUGGAGUGGAGCUGAAAUUGGAUAAUGUACUGACUUACAGGCUUCACGAAAACGCGCAAUAACACCUUUAAACCAUAUGACGCUGAACACUCCAUACUUAGGCUGAUCACAAGUUCUUUUUUAUUACAGUUUCUUCACUUCUUUUCGUUUCCUUUUUUCGACUUUCCCUCUCAAGCACACAUCAUUUGUAAUUCUCAGAGUUUCCCCAAAUAUUUUUCCAAUGACUGAAACUGUGUUUAAGCAGCCGAGUGGACUUGGACUGGAGCGAGUGAACCUUGUCUCAAGUGCGUCAAAAACAGACGGGAAUGUAGAGGAAUGCGGGUACUGACGUCAAGAGGGGCAAUAAUGAACCGUUCAAAGUCUUUGGAAGGUCUGAUGGGGUGUCUACAGCCACCUCACUGCUGACUGAGUGGACUUCUCCCUGAAAAAAAGAAAAGAACAAAAAGGGUUUCGGUUGUGCACUCCUGUUUUCACUUUUAAGAGGAAGCAAUCAUUGCCCAGGUUGUACUUCUGUGGCCCCUGUGUGUUGCCUUACUCCUUCAUCUACUUCAACUCCUCCCCGCAUAGUCUUUUGAUUUUGAUAGAUUCAGAAAUUAACAUGGCGUCCCCCCAACAUCAACAACUGCUGCCUCACAACACAGAAGUGAGCUGUGACUCAAGUGGAGAUGGAGGCGUCUCGGUGAGGAUUGGCAGCAGUGUCAAACACAAGCACGGAGGCGGGCCGCUUGGUUCAAUCGGGGGAGGCUUCAUUGUGGGGUCCAAGCACUGCAAGUACAGCAUCUCCUCCAGCUGUAGCUCCGGGGAGUCCGGAGUCAGGAGGCCGGUUGCCAAGAGCUUUCGCGUGCAGAAAGGGAUGCCUCAGCUCUUCGAGAGAUCAGCUGGUCAUUUCUGGGACCCGAAGUUUGACUCUUCGAUCCUGGAGGAGGCCUGUAGGGAACGAUGUUUCCCACAGACCCAGCGGCGCUUCCGCUACGUGCUCUUUUACCUGGUUGCUGUCAGCUUCCUCUGGGGUUUGUACUUCGCAGCGAACCCCUCCCGCUGUGACAGGACUGCCUUCCUCCUUCCCACUGCUUCCUUCCUCCUCUUCUGCCUCCUACUCUUCCUUUUGACUUUUACCAAGCUCUACUCUCGCUGCUACAACCAAGCAUCUCUGCUGCUCAUCCUCGUAACCUUCAUCCUGACCCUGGCCCCGCAGAUCCAGACAUCGAGCUUCAGGGAUCCGGAGACUCCCACACCUGCGCUCGAUUUGGAUGUGGAAGAGUUGAGCGGCAUGGGACCCACAUACAACCUGUCCUAUGAAAAGCUUGUGGGAGACGCCGCCUGGUCCCCCUGUCUUUCUCCUGUCGGCACCUUCUCCCUCUGCAUCGAGGUUCUUCUGUUGCUCUACAGCGUUCUCCACGUUCGCCUCUACGCUUCUGUCCUGCUCGGCAUUCUCUACUCUGUCUUUUUUGAGAGUUUGGGCUGGCUGCACCUGACAAAGGCGGGGGAAAACUGGACCCUAACCUCUCAAUCAGACUGGGAUACGUUAAGUUGGCUGGGCCCAGCCAAAGCUUUGCUCCACCUCUGUGCCCACGCCAUUGGCAUCCACCUGUUCAUCAUGUCGGAGGUGCGGUCGCGCUGCACCUUCCUGAAGGUGGGACAAGCAAUCAUGCAUGGUAAAGAUCUGGAGGUGGAGAAAGCCUUGAAGGAGCGAAUGAUCCACUCCGUCAUGCCCAGAAUCGUGGCCGAUGAGCUGAUGAAGCAGGGUGACGAGGAGAUCGGUGACAAUUCUGUCAAGCGAUACUCCACCAGUGGCGCAGCAGCCGUCAUCUCCAGCCCUAAAAACAAUAAACGCAAGAAAACCUCCAUCCCACGAGGCCAGAUCAUCUUCAGACCCUUUAACAUGAAACGGAUGGAGCCAGUCAGCAUCCUCUUUGCAGACAUCGUUGGCUUCACAAAAAUGUCAGCCAACAAAUCUGCUCAUGCCCUCGUUGGGCUCCUGAAUGAUUUAUUUGGCCGAUUUGAUCGACUCUGUGAGCUCACCGGCUGUGAAAAGAUCAGUACUCUAGGAGACUGCUACUACUGCGUGGCUGGUUGUCCUGAACCCAGACCAGAUCAUGCUUACUGCUGCGUGGAGAUGGGCCUGGGCAUGAUUCAGGCUAUUGAACAGUUCUGCCAGGAGAAGAGGGAGAUGGUCAACAUGAGGGUGGGCGUCCACACUGGCACUGUACUGUGCGGCAUCCUGGGCAUGAAACGCUUCAAGUUUGAUGUUUGGUCAAAUGACGUCAACCUGGCCAACCUGAUGGAGCAGCUGGGAGUGGCUGGGAAGGUCCACCUGUCACAGGCCACUGCCAACUUCCUGGACGACCGCUACCAGCAUGAAGGCGGGCAAGUCAUUGAGAGAAUCGGACAGAGUGUGGUGGCUGACCAGCUCAAAGGCCUGAAGACCUACCUGAUCUCUGGCAGGAAGGUGGAGCCGCAGUCCCACUGCGGCUGCUCUCAGGUGGGGUUGGCUGGGCACGAGCACGCGGAUCCUCACUGCCCCGCUGCUUCUGGGGUGCACACGCCCGACGGAGCUCCUUCAACAGGCACCCUUCCUCCUGAAGGUGCUAAGUCUCCCUGUCUAUCCUGCAGUGUGGUCCUGGUACCAGGGGAGGAUCAGGUUCUGGAUGAAGGAGGAGCGGUGCACAAUGGCCGCCAUGACGAUCACAAGACCAACAACAGCAAGGACUCUUCAAAUCUGAAGUGCUCACCAGCUGUGUCUGCAGGGCGCAGCCCCAAGGCUCUGAACGGCCUGCUCAACCCUCAGCUGGAAGCCUUGAAGAACAGCCAGACAUCACUGUGUGAGAUGCUGCAGGAGAAGGAGAAGAAGACGUGGAGUGGAGGAACUAUGGGCAUGGACCACUCAGCGCUCAUCCCUCUUCGCUCCAAAAACUUCAGGGAGAGGAGCGAUGCUCACUUUGUGGACGUUAUCAAGGAGGACAGCCUUAUGAAGGAUUACUUCUACAAACCUCCCAUAAACAAGCUGAGCCUCACCUUCCUGGAGAAGAGCCUGGAGUCUGCGUACCGGAUAAGCUACCAGGAGGAGGUGGAAACCCAAGCAGUGGUGCAGACGUUCGCCAGUCAAACAUUUAGUUCUUUCCUGGACAUGCUGCUGUGCUGUUCAGUGUUUCUGGCUCUCUCACUGGCCUGUUUCCUUCAACCGCUUGUCAGCCAGCAGAGUCUGUCCACAACGGCGCUCAUUUUGACAGCUGUAGCCACCCUGCUGGAGGUUACAGCUCUGCUGAUAGCUAUACGUAUGACUUUCUACCUGGACACCGUGCUGCACUGCACUCGGGUGCUGAUGACAGUGAUUUCAGGCUGGAUCGCUCGUCACCUUAUCGGAGCCAUCCUGGUGUCCCUGCCGGCUGUGGCCGUCUUCUCACAUGUCACCUGUGACAUGCAUCUCUCCAUCCAGCUCAACAUGUUCAUCUGCUGUGCUGUCAUCAUAGCUAUCAUUCAGUACUGUAACUUCUGCCAGCUCAGCUACUGGAUGCGCUCAGUCCUAGCGACUCUGGUGGGAAUAGCGAUGCUUGCCUUGCUCUUCAGCUCCCCCUGCAGUGUUGCUAAGAGUCUUUUUAAGAGAGAGUUUCUCUGGUCGGAUGGCCAGAACAUUACCACCAGCAGCAGCAACAGCAGCAGCAGCAACAGCUCCAUCGUCAUGGCUGACGGCCCAGCAGACUCCAACCCACAGCCACACCCACGGGACCUGCUGGGCCCCGAGGCCUGUGUGGCCUUUUUCCUGCUCCUCCUCCUGGUCUGGUUUCUUAACCGUGAAUUCGAGGUCAGUCACCGCUUGCAUUACCACGGCAAUGUGGAGGCUGAUCAACAUCGCAUCAAGAUCCAGAACAUGAGGGACCAGGCCGACUGGCUGCUUCGCAAUAUCAUCCCCAUCCAUGUAGCCGAGCAGCUGAAGGUCACCCAGAGCUACUCCAAAAACCACGACAAUGUGGGCGUCAUAUUUGCCAGCAUUGUAAACUUCAGUGAGUUUUAUGAGGAAAGCUACGAGGGAGGCAAGGAGUGCUACCGGGUCCUCAACGAGCUAAUUGGAGACUUUGAUGAGCUGUUACGUAAGCCUGCCUUCUCGAAUAUCGAAAAGAUCAAGACAAUCGGGGCCACGUACAUGGCAGCAGCAGGACUCAAUGCGCAGCAGUGUGCAGACGCGGCGCAUCCUCACGCCCACCUCCGUGCUCUCUUUGAAUUUGCACUGGAAAUGAUGCGCGUUGUCGACGACUUCAACAAGAACAUGCUGGGCUUUGGCUUCAAGCUACGCAUUGGAUUCAAUCACGGCCCUCUAACAGCGGGGGUGAUUGGCACCACGAAGCUUCUCUAUGAUAUCUGGGGCGACACGGUCAACAUUGCCAGUCGCAUGGACACUACAGGCGUGGAGUGUCGUGUCCAGGUCAGCGAAGAGAGCUAUUGUGUGCUCAGUGGGAUGGAUUAUGAGUUUGAUUACCGUGGCACAGUUAACGUCAAAGGCAAAGGUCAGAUGAAGACCUUCCUUUACCCGAAGAGCGGCGACAGCGGCCCUGUGCCUCAGUACCAACUGUCAGUCUCACCAGAGAUCCGGGCACAGGUGGAUGGUAGCAUUGGGCGAUCGCCCACGGAUGAAAUCGCCAGUAUGGUGCCCGCAACCAGCACAAAUGCAACCAGUACCACUACUUUGGUCCCCAGUGCCAGUGCUGGUUCCUCUAUCACAGCAGGGCAUGGCCAUGACAAAGAGGCGACCGGCCGUGAAAGACGCCCCUCGACAGAGACCUCUCAUGCCAGGCAGUCUGCGUGUCACGGUGGCAUGACAUCCCUCCUGGUCACCAACCGAGAAGGACCGUCUGCAAAUAACAAACAGCACAUCAUCUCAUCCUCGGCUCAGCAAAAUACUCCCCAAAAUUCCACAACAAUUUCCCCGAAAGACGUCAAGAAAGACAAAUGCGAGGAUGAUUGUGACAGUAAUGUUGGAGAGUUAACCAGACUAUAAGAAUUUGUUUAACACAAGUCCUCUACCCUUUAAGCUCUUGUUCCUGCAGGUUGGCAUUUGUAGAAUUGCUGUACAUUUGGUCCUACCACAGGCAGAAUCAGGGGGAGAGACCCCCGGGCCAGGCAGCAGGUUGUUUUAGUCCAUAUCUGAUUGGAUGAUACUGUCAGUGGAGGGUGCUGACAGGACCACAGAGGGAUCAGGAAAUGAGAAGAUGGUGAUGGCUGACCCUGAACUUUCUCUCGCCUGCUACAGAUCCCAUCGUCUCCCAUUAACUUACUUGAUUAUCUGUACACCUUUAAUCUUAAUUCUUUCUUUCAUAUGUCUUUUAAGUGCCUUUAGAAUAGAAUAAUGUGUAGACCAAGCCUUUUUGAGUAAGGGACGAAUAACAUAAAAGGGAAAACUGUAAAUAGGCAGACUUUUUUGGACAAAUGCUUUGCUUUUGUUACAAUUUUACUUUGUAAACUAUGUUUUGCUAUGAUAUUUUGCCUUUUAUCAAAGAAGAGCUCAGCAAGCUGACCUUACAAAUGGAAAGUGCCACAGUUUGUCAAGUAAAAGCUAUUAAGAUGUGACUCCAAGAUAUGUAUUAGUAAGAUCUGCACAAGAAUGCAGCAGAGCCUGUUUCCAUGUUCUCCACGAUAACCAGAAAGACGCUAAUCGGUUCAGGCAGAUGAGGCCAGGCUGUGUGUUGUGCGGGUGUAUUUGCAUGCAUUUCCGUGUGCGUAAGUGUGUGUUUGUAUGUGACUGUGUAAUAAUAAGAACACGCAGGGUUUUAAUAACGAGAGGUGACGAUUAGUUCCUCGACUGAUUUGGUGAAACUGGAGGAUGACAAACAUGUUUAGGAAUGCAGCUGGAGAAAAAUACAAAAGAAUAAAAGAAAUCAGUUGCUGAAGUGGCAGCUCCUUCUCUGGCCUCGGUUAAGAUGUUUUUAUUGCCUCAGUACUGAGGCAUAACGGUCUCAGCUACACUUAAUCAUGCAUGCGUGCAACAACAGCAACGUAGACAAGGCUAACUGUUACUAGUGUUCGUGCCCUCCCUCAAGAUCUUAUGGGAGCUCAAGCUGUGAUUCGUGUUGAUCCAACAAGGCACCGCUGUACCUGUAGAGUGUCUUUAGCCGCGACCGUAUAUCGACUAGAGAGAACAACUGCCUAGGUUUGCUGUGGAAUCACUGUGUGUUAGUUGAUAGUGCUUUUAAGACAUGGAUACACACAUGUCACAAAUCAAAACUAAAUGUGUUUUAUCAUAUUUAUUGUCACACGAAAACUUGAACUGUUCACGUGAAGCUCUCCCCUCUCCUGAUUCUUUUGAUUUGAAAGACAUUACUGGACGGAAACAGCUGGACGCAUCAGCCGCUUCAUACUUUUCAACAGCAUGAAACUCAACGUGCAAGUGCUGCAAACGCAAAGGCAGUGCACCAGAUGUAUUUCGUAUUGUAUCCCUAUUGGUGUUUUUACUCUUCCUUUUCUGACACUGAUUUCAUACUGUGACAUCGCAUUAUUAAGGAAAUCAAACUGUAAAUCUCUCGUGCUGUUAUAUUUUCUCUAUGUCACUGUUUCUCAGCAGAAAGGAUUGUGUGCUCAGAGGCAAAAAAAAAGUUUCAGUGUCUUAUCUUUUUGACAUUUUAGAUAUCCUGAAAAACGAUUUACUGCAUUUUUUUAAAAUUCACAUUUCAUUAUCAGUACUUUUAAGUAAUCAAGCAACAAAGAACCAGUUUGCCUUCUUUAUUAAUCAUGGAAACAUUUCUUUCAGCUGCCGCAUCUCUCUACAUGUGAAACGAGGGUAGCUCGUGCCUUUUAACUCUGAACCUGAUUUUCUUCAUCUUUUUUUCUUUCCACCAUGUGCUCUAAGUUGCUUUAUUAUUAUUUUUUUAAACAAAGCUGAUGGUAUGCAUAAGCAGAAGAAUGUUUACUUUUGUGCUUGGGUCACAUUUAAUUUUUGAAGUUUUCUAAGGGUCAUGACAUUUGAGCAGUGCCUUUUCUUAAUAUCAAAGGUAAACAUACCAAACACAUUCAACAUUAAUUGGCCUUUUUGCAUUUAUUUUAUUCCUUUUUUAUUUUUGUGCUGUAUCUGUUGCUCAGAUGGACUUGGGUUCUUUUAAAUGCAAUAAUAUCAUCUUGGAUUGAAAGGGAAAAUUACCUUCUUUAUGCUAAUGAGCACACAACCCUUGCACCAGCCCAGAAAUGUUGUUUCUUAUACUACAAUAAAAGGACUCUUACAUUAGUUAUUGUUGUCAUAUCCAAGGUUAAGUGCUUAAUAGAGUGUCGGGUAUAGCAUAUAAGUUACAUCGCUUUUUCCUCCUUAGUAUUUCUAAUAAGCUGUUUCAAAUAAUGUGUUUUUUAUGAACUCUUAACUUUUUUUCUGGAUUAGUAUUGUACAUGUGACACACUGAGAUAGAAGUGUCAACUCACACCUUUUUUUUUGUUUCAGUGCAAAUAAGCCUUUGAUUUCGAUUUAUGGGGAUGUAAGUGACAUUCUGAAUCAGCAGAAUGGCACACCGAGAAAAUUUUGAUGCCAAAGAGUGUCAUUGUCAUCUUUGUGUGUUAUCUUAUCUCCUCCUUAAAGGAUAAAUACACCCAAAACUGAAGAUUCAGUCAUUAUCCUCAGGUGAAGUUUUAAUGUCCAUAAAAACUUUUCUGAGGCCUCUCAGCAUAACUGCAUGUUCUUAAACAACUGAAGUAGAUGGGGACUUUUAAAAUGUAAACACCCACAUAAAUUUCAUACAGCUUGUCCUGCGUAGUCCAAGUCUCUGGAAGCCCUGAGAUCCAAAAUCGACUUAAGUUAUUUGCAUUGUCAAAGUGCAGUCAAGCUUGUGUACACCCACUGUAUAUGGGUUUUAUGGUGACACUUUUAACUUCGCAGCUACGGUGAAGAUAUUUCUCUGUGCAUUUGGAAAUUUUUCAUUAUACAGGACUGCGAAGCUCCAGAAACGUUUUGUGGGCUAUGAAACUUCACUUGACUUUCCAUCAGUAUGGGAGGGGAGGGGGAGUAGAUAAUGAUUGGAUUUCCAUUUUUGGGUGAAUUUAUCCUUUAAUUUGCAUUAGGUUGUGUUCUGCACGCUCCAGAAAGGUCAUUUAUAUAAUCACUGUUUAAACACAUUUGCACAAGGCACUCACUUUUUAUGUACAGUAUGCCUUUAUAUUGUAUAGUAUCUGAGCAUUUUUCUAUUAUUUAUAUAAGCGCAUGUACUAGAAUAUUAAAUAGUCGGGGUAACUUUAACAAUGUUGGAAUAAUACUUGUGCGGUCCGUUCGCCUGCAUGUGCAUAAAAAAAUGUACAAGUGUUUGUAAAACUGUGCGGUUGUGUGUGGGAUGCUCUAAUCUUAGCAGGAAUGUGACCAGGACAUUUAAGUCAACUUCAUCAUCUCAAAAAGUAUAACAUGCUCGGACAGUAAGGCUUCAAUAAAUACAGAUUUCCUUUUUGUAUUGUUUUUUUUUCUUUAAACUAGCCAAAUAAAACUGGUGAGACACUACUAUGUGUGUGCAGGUAGGCCGUAUUUCAGUAGCCUGCUAAAGCCAAGUUUUCAUGAAAUGUUGCUUUCUUUGGAAUUGUUUUUGUAUAGAGCACGCUA